AUGACUGCCAAGAGGGUGCCAGCCAUGGACCAAAUCAAAAUGUCUUUCGAUCAAGGGUCUCUUGUUCCCGUGCACGCAUUGCCUCAGGAGAUACUUAAAUUUCCAGACCAUGUAGGGAUAGAACACCUGAUAAUUCUAUUGGAUCUGAUGGCGGAGCUAGCGUUCGAUUACAAUCUUUUGAAGGAUAACUGUUGGGUCUUUUGUCAAGCAAUGAUAGACUGCAUGGAAGUCUAUCAAAAAAACCCUAUAAAACUGCGGCGCCCAAUGAUUGGUGAAGUACAUCGGCGAAAACUCAAGACACUGUUUAUCAAGAAAAUCAGGGAGUGUGGAAAACCACUUGUAGAUUAUGGUUGCUCUUCCUGA